AUGUUGACGACUAAUGGACAAAACAAAAAGAAGAAUUUCCAUUUGGACGAGUCUGAUCUUCUCUGCAAAAAUGGAUGUGGCUUUUAUGGGAAUCCAGCCUGGCAAGGGUUUUGCAGCAAGUGUUAUAGGGAGGUGUACCAGACGGCACGGCAGGCCCAGCUGCAGCAUGACGCUGCCAAGGAAGUCUCACAUACUCUCGUAAAAAAGGCGCCUGGUCUAGCAGAGGUAAGGGACUCAUUUUCCCGGUUUGAAGAGAAGAAAACACAGCAGGUCAACAAGCGCAGUAAUACAUUUAAAUCAUUCCUCAGGAAGACUCCAAACAAAGAAAACCAACCCGUUGUUAAAGAAGUGAGACCCAUCAGUGCAGAAAGUCAGAAGAUUGGUGGCGAGUUUGCAGAUUUUCUCAAAUCUAUGAAGAGGAAACAGGCAGCUCUGGAGAUAUCCAAACUGGUUCGUGGGUUCAUCGAACGAGUCCAACAUAACCAGGACUGGAACAUCGACGAUUUGUCAGAAAUAGUGCAAGAUUUCUAUGGAAGCCUCUCCGACAAACUCAGCACUCAGCCAGUUUUCAAAGGCUUUUCACAAGACACCAUAGACACAGUCAUGGAUUAUACAGAGCGUUACGUCCUUAUACGCUUGUAUCCUUCCAUUUUCUGUUCUCCCUCCACAACGGACGAAGAAAGAGACUUGGCCAUUCAGAAUCGUAUCAGGAGUCUCCAUUGGGUGACUACAACACAGUUGGAUACCCUCAUUAAAGAUGAUGACCCAACCAUCCGACAUGAGCUGGACAGUGCAAUAACAGAUAUCAUAGAAAUGGACUCCAAGCGUGCCACACAAGACAAGCUUCAGUGUAUAGUCAGUUGUAGCAAGCAUAUUUUUGAAGUCUUACGUCAGUCAAAGCAGGGUCCAGCCAGUGCAGACGAGUUCCUACCAGCUCUCAUUUACAUUGUGUUAAAAGCAAACCCACCAUUGCUGCAGUCAAACAUCCAGUACAUUACUCGCUUUGCUAAUCCAACCAGACUCAUGAGUGGAGAGCAAGGCUACUAUUUCACCAACCUGUGCUGUGCUGUGUCUUUCAUUGAGGGCAUCAACGCGGAAUCUCUGAACCUGAGCUGUACAGACUUUGAGCGCUACAUGUCAGGGGAGGCCAUGCCUCCAGGGGCAGGCAACCAACAUCUGUGUCUGGGUCUCCGGCUGAUGUAUGAAAACUUGCGGGUACUGGGAGAACUUCGACAGCGUCAGGAGAAGGUUAUGGCCGAAGCUCUGCAACUCCAGGCCGACAUGAAUGAGUUCAAGGAAAACUUCAUCGAGAAAGUGGACAGGGUCAAGUCAAGGACACCUUUGAUUAUUCGUCCACGGAAAGUGAAAGUUGAUCUGGAUGCAGAGUUUUCUGGGAAUGGGAGUAACCUCCCUUCUCCAUUAGUUCCCAUGAGGAUUCUUCUAGAUGGCCAGUCUGUUCCAACUGCUGGUCAGUUGCAAGAAAAACUAAAUGAGUCAGAACAGAUUCUAGAAAACAGAAAUGCUGAAGAGUCUAAUGAAGUGAUUCUUGAAGAUGUGGAAAAUGUGAAUGCUAAUAGUGAGUUUUUGACCUGCCAGAGUGAUAGUUUGAUGCAUGGGAAGAAUGAAAUUGAUGAGAUUCUUUUAGGAGAGCAAAGUCUGAGCAUAGAUGAAAAUUCUGAGAUGAGCUUUGACAAAUUUGAAGGUCAACAAGAUGCUGAAUGGCUUUCUGAUACCGGAUCAGGUGGGGCCAAGGUUGUUGGAGGAUCCAUCGAUGAUGUGGCUGCCGCACCGCUGGAUCAGGAGAUGUCUGAGGGUACGCCAGUAACCACCACCAGCUAA